UGUGGUGACUGGUUUGAGCCUAAAAACGCUCGAUCCCUUUGUUUCUACGAUGAGAGCUGCGUAGAUUGCUAUUUAAAAAUUUAAAAAAGGUCAAAAAACUAGUCGGCUAGUUGUGUCCAAAAAACCGCCAAUCAAAGGACGGCUUUCAGUGAGUGUUCGUUUAUAUGUACCAUUUCUGUCAUAAUGCAAGUCAGUAUCUGCGGGUAUAUAUGCGUACAAAUUUGCAAGGGAGAGUGUUAAGAGAGUUAAUAAGUUGCAAUACUCCCAUUGCUUACAAUGAGCUAUUACUACAUCCGACGAAGAUUUGGUUGCCUUUUUCUGUCGAGAAGAAUCAGGACCGUCUACAAAGUGGUCAUUUUUCUAGUCUCUCUUAUUUCUUUAAGUGCUUUCUACCUGAGUGUAGUUUCGCCAGAGAUUCCUCAAAACGUCUUUUCCUUAAAACUGCGGGGUAAUAAAAGUCGUUUCAUAGACUUAAAGUGGAAUUGCAGUUGUGAAUUUGGUUCAGGUUCAACACCAAGUAAUAAAAUUUCAACAUCGCCAGGAAGCUCCAAGGACUGUUUAAACGAUCAAUCGCGACAAGCAGUCACCGACUUCAGCACUGUUGGGUGGACAAAUUUCUCCUUGAUCAUGCCUCGUGUCGAACCGAAUAUUUCUUGUGAAGAAAGAAAGCUUUUUAUGGUUGUUGUAGUCAACUCGGCAACCGACGACAGACAUAGGAUUCUACGAAUGUCUAUCAGAAAGACUUGGGGAAAUUUAACACAAGGAAAAGGGAAUCAGAAAUGGAGGAUCUAUUUCGCUUUGGGAAUGUCCAGCAGUUACGCUAUGAAUCUAAAGAACGUACAAGAAGCUUUACAGUACAAUGAUAUAAUCAUAGGAAACUUUUCAGAUACUUACAAGAACAUUGUUAUCAAAACAUUUAUGUCGCAUUUCUGGGUGUAUUCUCAAUUUGAUUGUAUGUAUGUUAUGAAAACCGAUGAUGAUGUUUAUGUUAGAGUCUCAAGGUUGUCAAAAUGGCUCGAAAAACAAGGCUUCCCAAACCCUUUUUAUGGGGGGUUUCUUAGCGAGAAUUUAUUAGUAGUUCGCGAUCCAAAAUCCCCUUGGUUUGUUUCUAAGGAAGACUUCAAUGAGACAAGAUGGCCACCCUUUUCGCACGGGGCAUUUCAAGUUGUCUCUACCGCUAUACUUCCUCGUUGUUUUAACUACACCCAGUCAGUCAAACGACCAUUAACCACAGAUGAUGCAUACUUUGGUGUCAUGGCUAGAGACCUGGAAGUUAAUGCCACACAGAUUCCUGGCUUUAGUCUUAAUCCGCCUAAAAGUGACUUUGAGGUCAUGAUCGCCACUGCGUUUGGCCACGCUCUAGACUCUUCUUCCAUGUUCAAGUACCAUGCUAGAUAUCAUGACCUUAUUAUUUGAAAUCAUCUCUUGUGUAUUGUGUGUCUGUUCUUUUUGUAUACAAACGCCUUGUGCUUGACGUCCAUCAGAACCUUUGUCGCGACAGAAACAAUCCGGCGCUAGAGGGCGCGUGUGAUUGAGAAUGGCUGUUCGUUUAGCCACGAAAGUCAACAUUCUAAAAGUUCGUUAAGCGUUAGCAACGCUCGCUCUAUCUGAUGGUUUUUGCCACCUUUGAAAACAUUUACACAAGGAAACAUGUUUCCUCGUUUAGCCAGGGCCUAAGACUCGUCCUGUAUGACGAAAUAAAUAUAUUUAUUUCAGGAACUGAACAUGGCCAAAUAAGUGACAUAAAUUCGUUUACAACUGU